AUGGCAGCUGCUUAUGCAGCUCUGGUUUCUCUCACGCACAUCAUACACCAAAUCGAGCACCAUCCUCGCCCUCCACUCUGUCUCCACAAACAACAAGUCCAUUCCCUCGCUCAAAGCCUCAGUUUCCUGCAACAAUUCCUCGAAACCUACACCUCCCACGCCGUUUACACCGAAGAAGCUCAACACUUGGAGAUGCGCAUCGCAGACGCCGCUCACUCAGCCGAAGACGUCAUCGAAUCGCAAAUCGUUGAUCGAAUUCUCGACCAAACAAAUUCAAAUUCCGUCGACUUCCACCGCCGUUUGGAGGAUGCGAUUGAACACAUGAAUUCGAUCGCGAGAGAGGCCAUCGAGAUCAAGGAGACGCUGGAGAGAAGCUGCUCAACCUCGAUUGCUGCUGGCUCGUCGAAAUCUGCUUACACAGAGCAGAGAUUCGUUGCCGUUGGGAUUGAUGAUGCAUUGUACGAACUGCUGGAUAAGCUCACUGGAGGAAUCACUGAUUGCCAGAUGAUCGCCAUUGUUGGAAUGGGCGGUAUUGGUAAGAGCACAGUUGCUAGAAAAGUGUAUGAAAAUCAGCUUAUUGCUUACCAUUUCGACAUCCUCGCUUGGAUCACAGUUUCUCAGGAAUACAGUGUGAUAGCUCUUUUACAACUUAUUGCUCUCAAAAUUACUAUGCCGUCAGAUUGGGAACCCUUGAAUAGGAUGUGUGAAGACGAAUUAGGAGAAAUUAUAUACAGAAGUUUGUGGAGGGGGAGAUAUUUGAUAGUGAUGGAUGAUAUUUGGGAUAUUGAGGUUUUGAAUCAACUUAAAAUUUUCUUCCCAAACAAUAGGAAUGGAAGUAGAAUAAUAAUCACAACUAGGCUAUCAAACUUGACAUAUGAGCUAAGUAACUGUUACACGCAUGAGGUGAAAUUCUUAGAUGAGGAUGCAAGUUGGGAUCUACUUUGUGAGAUUGUAUUUGGAGAGAGAAAUUGUCCCCUUGAAUUGGUGGAAGUAGGAAAGAGGAUUGCUAAAAAUUGCAGUGGAGUUCCUCUGUCAAUUGUAGUUGUUGGAGGGCUUCUAGCAAAGUCUGAACCAACACAAGAAUAUUGGGAGUAUAUUUUAAGAGACUUAAGUUCGGUUGUGAAUUCAGAGGAUGACGAGCGUUGCUUGAAAAUAUUGCAUCUGAGUUAUAGGAAGUUGCCGUUGUACCUCAAGCCAUGCUUCCUUUAUAUGUCUGUGUUUCCUGAAGAUAGUGUUAUUCGUGUCUCAACGCUCAUCAAGCUGUUGGUGGGAGAAAGAUUUCUGAAGCCAAUGAGUGGGAAAAGCCAUGAAGAGGUUGCAGAAGACUGUGUUAAGGAACUUAUUGAUAGGAAUCUCAUUUUAGCAAGUUCAUAUUGCUAUGAUGGGAAAGUAAAAAUGUGCAAGAUGCAUGAUCUGUUUAGGAACUUAUGCUUGAGAGAAGUCGAAAAGCAGAAGUUUUUCCGUACCCUGACAGAGCAGAGUCUGGGAAUUCCUCAAGAUAUGAGCUCUGAACGUCGUAUUGUUAUUUAUAAGCGUAAAUCAGAGGAGGAUCAUUUCCCAGAUCAAGUAUUUGAUGCCCUGGGAUCUGCAAAGUUUAUCCGUUCUUUGAUAUCGGAGUUUCACUUUCAAGAACCUUUGCCACUGCUCAAUACUAGAUUAAUGAGGGUAUGUUCAUUAGUUGAUGAAAGUUUUCCUGAGGCUAUUCUCCAGCAAGUUAACUUGAGUUAUCUUUCUCUUACUGGUAAUGUACCACUGUUACCUAGAAGAAUUCAUUCUUCAAUCUCUCUCCUUUGGAAUCUACAGACACUAAUAUGGGUUACUAACGCAAUUAUACCAUCUGAGAUUUGGAAGAUGCCUCUCAUCAAGCAUGUCAUUUUCAGCAAAGCCAAGCUCCCAGAUCCUCCUAUAGAUGACGGCAUUGUGUUGGAGAACUUGCAGACGCUCUUGAAGAUAUAUUACGAGGACUUCACAGAAGGAGGGCCUCGUAGCUGCAUCAGCAAUCUUGCCCGUCUACAUAAACUCGAAUCACUUGGCAUAGUCAUUGAUCCCUUCCCCGAUGUGGAGGAUACUCGGAGGCACUUGGUGCGGAACCUCACCUUCCCACACUCGCUCAAGAAGUUGACUAUAGGUCACACUCGUCUCCAUUGGGAAGACCUGACUACCAAGAUAGGCUCGUUGCCACUUCUCCAAGUCCUCAAACUGAAAUGGCAAUCCUUUGUCGGGACCAAGUGGGAAACAGUUGAAGGGAAAUUCUGCAGUUUGAAAUUCUUGGUGGUUGAAUUCUGUGAUCUGGAGCACUGGAUGACAGAAAGCACCCACUUUCCUCGCCUGGAGCGCGUUGUUUUGAGAAAUUUGCCGUUGUUGAAAGAGAUUGAUUCGAGUAUAGGAGAUAUACCAACACUUGGAUCAAUUGAGUUGGAAUUUUGCACCAUUUCUGCUGUCAUCUCUGCUAAAACAUUACUAGAGGAACAAGAGGAACUCGGAAAUGAUGGCAUUCGAGUUCGAGUUUUGCUCUCGAGGAAGAACAAGGUAGUGGAGAGCUUAGCAAGCCCCAACUUCCAAGUGAUAACCUGA